AAGCUUGAGAAAGCUGUAGUAAUUGUAGGGAGCAAACAGGUAAUUACAUUUAAAACUAAACUACGGUAAGCAUACAGCAACAAAAAAAAAAACAACAAAAGUAUAAUUUAUCUGAAAAACAAAAGUGUUAUCAAUGUGUAAUGGAUGGAAAUGACUUAAUUAUCCACCAAGAAACUUUGCCACACUGGAGCACCAGAAAUUCAAAGUUUUAUAGAUAUAAAUUUAAAAAAAACGACAUUAUUAAUGAAGUAGAACUACUCGCCGCGUCACUUUAGUUUUGAACAGUUUCAAGAAAAUUGCAAUGGUCAAUAGUGAUGUUUAAAACGUUGGUCAAUUUUAAACUGUAACAAACACCCCUGUGAGCUAGUCUGGAAUUUAAGAGUAAAUAAAGUUUAAAUAUGUAUGUAUUGUAUGUAAGUAUGUUAGGCCUUUUAAUGCUUGUGAUCCAUUACAUGUUUCUCUUUCUCUUGUAUUUAUUUUUCCAUUUGUUGUGUUUCAAUUUCGUCUCUAUUUAAUGUUGAUAAGAAAAGGAUUUGGUUGUUUAUUGAGUGGUUCCCUUAUUUCUCUGGAUCUUUGUAUUCCAAAGAGGCUGUUGCAGAGAGAUUAUUUUGGUUAUUGGAGGGCAACUAAUGUUUAUUGGCUGUAAAGGGUGUGUGAAGAUGUCCAUAAUGAUAGAAUAUUGAAAAGUAUAAUGCAUGUCACAGUACACGAAUGGGCUGUUGGGAAGGACACGAAAUAGAAAUCUACAGUGGCCAGGAGGCUUUUAAUUGAAAAUUGACAGGAGUACAAGGUGAACAUUGAAAAUUGAAUGGGGCUCGAAGUAAAGCAAGGCAAAAGAUGAAUGGGAGCAGCCUUGGUUGUCUAUACUUGUUUGGUGAACAGCUGCUUUGCAGUGAAAGCUAAAACAACAUUUGCAGCUUCAUGUUUUUUAUUGCAAAGCCUGAAACGACAGUUCUGAUUGAAGCUACAUAUUAAGAAAUUUUAAAGUUGAGAGGUAGAUGUUGUUGGAAAAUUGUCGUGAGUGUUGGCAUGGGGAGCAACGAGAUUGAAAUAUAGCCUCAAAGGUUUGGACUCCACUUUUUGCUGUUAAUAUUGUGGUAAGAUUGUAAAAAGUAAAAUAAAAGUAGACGUGUAAGUCUAUGGACUGUUUGAAAGGAUGCAUUGUAGUAGUCGUAAAGAAGAAGAGGCAGCCUUUAAUAAAAAGUUGAUUGUCGCUUUUAGUGGUGUAUACUCCAAACCUCUAGAAAUAAAUUACUAAAACGAGAUUUAUGGUGAAUGUCAUUGGAAAGUUUCAUUAGUCUCAGUAUUGCAUGACCUCAAAACUUCUUCCACUUUUCGCUCUGAGUUCUUUAUGGAGAACUGUCAUCUUCGUAACAAACGCCCCUGUGAGCUACUCUGGAAUUUAACAGUAAAUAAAGUUUGCAUAUGUAUGUAUUGUAUGUAAGCUUGUUAGGCCUUGUAAUGCUUGUGAUCCAUUACAUGUUUCUCUUCUCUUGUAUUUUUUUUUCCAUUUGUUGUGCUUCAAUUUCGUCUCUAUUUAAUGUUGAUAAAAAAAGGAUUUGGUUGUUUAUUGAGUAGUUCCCUUAUUUCUCUGGAGCUUUGUCUUCCAAAGGGGCUGUUGCAGAUAGAUUAUUUUGGUUAUUGAAGGGUAACUAAUUUUUUAUUGCCUGUAAAGGUUGUGUCAAGACUGUCAUUUCUCUUUAUAUUUUACCUAGGCACAAGACGCCUAACUAAAUAAAAUGAAAUAAAGUUAAAGUAAUGACGUUAAAUCACCAAAUCUUAGACUUUUCCCAUAAGGACGUGUUGGAAACAUUGACAAACUGCAGUUAGCAUAGCUAAUUAGCUUUAUCAUCCUUUCACCGGUCUAUAACAAACCAGUUCAACGACCUGCUCCCAGUUGUCUCGUUAGCUCAAUCAGUAAGAGCACUGCACCGGUAUCGCUGAGGUCAAGGGUUUACAUUGCGUUCAAGGGUGAAUUUUUUUUUUCAGGUUUUCUUUUCACAACUGCAAAGGUUGCUUCUAUAACUGCAAUGAUCUACCUUCAUACUAUUGUUCAUCCGCAGUUCACAUAAAUGAUUUUCAUGUAUUUAGAACUUCACGUGAAAGUAAACGAGAAGUCACGUAGAUUAAGGCAGAAUCUCUUGGACUUUUAACAAAAAUUAAUGCAUUAAUUAGGAUUGUCAUCAAAUGCAAAUCCUCUAGGUAAAGUGCAGACUGCAGACAAAAAUAAGACAGUCACAAUGAUAGAGAAAUACAUUUUACAACCAAACCCGUACUUUGUACUGAUAUAAGUAUCAGUGUGCUCGGACCAAGAUAUAGUUCAGGGUUCUCCUGAAAUUUUGAAGUAGAAGGAGAACGAAGGGGAGUAGCCGUCAGAGAAAAUUCUUUAAGGCGCGACAGUGCCUUCCACAUGCCCUUGGCGCGUGUGGGGGGAGAGUAUGGGAGGGAGGACAUCCCUCCCAUAGGGGGGUCCGGGUGGCCUUCCCCUGGAAAAAUUUUGCAAUUUGGAGCUCGUAAAGUGCAUUUUGGAAGAUGACUGCCAUGAUGAUAGAACUUUUAUUAAUCCACCUUCUCACAUAUAUUACAUUUUUGAGAAAAACUUCAGAAAUGCGAUGCACCCAACAUCAAAGUUCAAUUUUUUCUGUAAUACUUCAAAAAUAGUUUAAAGAUCUGAUAGUGUGUUAAAAUGUCUAGAAAUCAACGUCAAACUCGAAGUCUGAAUCUACAUCAGACGACUCAUCUAGCAUGUCCAUCUCAGUAAGUGCCUUGUGAACACUGUUUGCGAAGGCUGAUGCCUGAGUUACUAGCUGGGGUUCUUCUUCCAUCGAUAUCACAUCCAUAUUUUCUGCAAUAGAAUGAAAUAAACAUCAGUUCUUAACUCAAUAACUGGCUAUUUUUUGUUUCUUUCUAAGCUAUUAUCUCUGUGUAAUCUUAAUUUUAAUUGGGGCUAUGUUUGAUUUGAAGUUAUUUAUAUUACCAGUAAUACUUACCAGGUGUCUCAGUCUGAGUGGCAACAGUUGCCAAUUCAGUGAUCCUUGCAUCUCCGUGCUUACUGCCACCAAUCCUUGGGAGGUUCAAUGGAGGUAGGUUUCUCUUGUGGGUGUUCCUCCAUACUUGUGCUGCCUCUGCCAGGAUUACUUGACACUCUUCGGACUUUGGCUCUGGUCCAUUGAUUGAAACAUGAAGACAUGUCGACAGCAUGUCAUUCUUCAGGCGGUUUCUUAGCCUUGUCUUAACCCUUUUGACAGCACUGGCUCCUCUUUCAACAACAGCAUUUGACAUUGGCUGUGUCAGACAGAUCUUUGCAGCAUCCACCAAAAAGCUGUAGCUUUCUCUGAGUAGUGCUUGCUCUUUCACGAUUUUACGAAGAAUCCAUUCGGUGGGUGAUAGUUUGGACUCCUUCCCACCUUGCAGCACAUUCUGAGGUGGCUUCCAGGAUAGCAUGAGGUAUUUGAAAUUCUGCCACUGGGUUGUCAUCUGAUCUUCACUGAAUUGGAAUUGAUCAGCUAAAAUCUUCACACUGGCCACACCAUGUUCCAUGAACUCAGGAUCAGUGGUAGCAGGCAGGGUGGUUGGAUUGAAGAUGCUGAAGGCCUCUAACACUGGAGCAGCUUGAGUGAAGCGUCUGUCCAGGUUCUCUUCUAGUGCUAAAGUGUAGCUUUGGCACAGGUUGACCAAUACUUCUUCCUGUGAUGAGGGAAGAGUAAGUUCUAAAUCUUUGUACUGGCCCAUCAAAGCUUCUUUCAGGACAUGUAGUGGCUUGCAACUGGAUCUUAUUUCAGUGAUUCUCUUCUUUGUCAAUUCCAAUGAUGGCUUAAUGGCAGAAUAAUGGAUUUUGUUUUGUUGGAAUACUUUACUUAAGGUGUUAAGGUGAGGAAGAACUUCGUUUAAGAUGAGAAGGGUACCCACAAACUUGACGUUAUUCAUCCUUUUUAGCAACCCAUCAGCUGUGGCAUCAUGCUCCUUGAAUUUUCUGAGAGUUUGCAUCAGUGCCACCAAAUUUGUACAAACACUUGAUACACUUUGCCCUGUUGACAGCCAUCGUGUCCUGCAGGCCUUCUGGACUUUUACAGCCAAUGACUUCUUCUGCGCAGCAUCUGGCACUUGAAUUUUCCUCAAACUUUCACAGACCUUGAUGUAUGCAGAGCAUCUCUUGGGGUAUUCGAGCCACUUCCAGAGCUGCUUGAGCGUAGUUUCCACUGUGGUAAUGAAUUUGACCCGAUCAUUCGCAUCUCCACAGGCCAGAGCCAAUCUAUGGUUUAUACAGUGCGUUCUUAUGAGAAGAGGACACACUGCUUGUAGUCUGGCACCAACACCAUUAUGGGCUCCUGUCAUCACACUGGCACCAUCCGAACCGAAUCCACAGGCAUGUUCAACUUGCAGGCCACUUUCUUUCAGCUCCUCAAUAAUUAAACGGGUGAUCGUUUCAGCAUCAGCAGAAUCGGAUGUUGCAAGGCAAUCUUUAACUUCCAAGAAGUCAAAGUGGGUCUCGCCUGUCUCGUCCACAUAACCAAUGUAAAUGAGGAGUUGUUCGAUCACAGCACAAUCUGUCACUUCGUCAACGAGGAUGCUGAACCACUUUGCUUCUUUGAUUCGUGCUAGCGUCGUCUUCUUCAGUAAUUGCCCCAGUAGCAAUCUCUGCUCCCUUUGACAUCGUUCACUUGUGUUCUUCCAGUGACUCAUUUCUUGAAGACCAACCUGUUCUUCUAGCUUUAACAAUGACUUCAACUUCACAUUGGCAAUCUCUUCAUGUGCUAGCCAGUAAACACUCAGCAUAGCAUUGAAUGUCACCUUGUCUGCUUUUUCUUGUACAGUUUUGUGCUGUUGUGCAAGGGGGCUCUUUCGUCUCUCCAGUUCAAGAAGAUAGGUUCCAAGGUGCCCAGUUGACCUUGCAUGGCCCAGGUCUUUUUUGCCUACAGGGUGCCCAUCAGCCUUGGAGUUGAAGAGAGCUGAUCUCUUAUAGCGAACGGAUGGCUCACAGUUAAACUUGCAAUCUUUGUUGUAUCUGUUCUUUGUGUUAUGUAUGCGACAAAGAAGGCAGUACAUCCCCUCCCCUUCAAUGAAAACAAGCCACCACAUCCCUGUUUCCCUUGAAAACGUGAGGGUUUCAUCGAAUAGCCAUUUGUGCUGGAAUUUGUCACCUUUUCCUUGUUGCUUUUGUUGCUCUUGUUUGGAAAGCUCUGUACACGAGCCUGAACAGGUGUAAUAACUGUGCAGGGUUUUUCCGCUAAAAGCCUCGGGAAAGUACUCUUCCAGUAGGUUCAUGGCUUCCUUGUGUUCCAGUUUAGGAGGAGUAGAAGUCCGUGACGUAACAUUCGCAGAUGCUGUUUCGCCGACAGUGCCAGACGAUUUAGAAGGCGAGGGUUCUUGGAUGCUGGCACUUGUACAGGAAUCCUCUUCAUCAAGUGCUGGGAAAUUGAUAAUGCAAACUAAAGGAUUGCCUACAUUGCCUGUUAACCCUAAUUUUCAUAUAAAAAUUAAAACAAUCAAUUUGCAGUGCAUUUAAAUGACUGAAAACUCGUGAAGACAAUCUUAAAAAAUCUUUUCUAGAAAUGGGGUAUUAUAACGUUCCCGUAAAAAAAGAAAACUAGGUUAUUUUAUUACUUGUAGUCUUCAAAAUGCUUAGAUGAAGAAUAAAAACUUUCCUGACCAAAUCUACGGAUUCUCCGUUGGAAUUCUGUGCGUGGGUUCCUAAGUCCGCGGGAAAAUUAUCUCAGGAACUGAAAGAAUGUAAGUUUUAAGGGGUAAAUUAAAUUUAAGUUUAAAUUUUUUGAGUUGUAUUUUGUCACUUCUUUACUUGUUUUCAGGGAAAGCCGAGAACGAAAAAUGAAAAACGUCAUUUUCAAAAACCGCCCUGCAAAUUUGUAAUGCAUUUCGUUGACGAAUUUCUAGCAACAAAGCCGGCCAAGAAAUGUUCAGGGUUUUUUGUUCGGGUUGUUUCAUUCAGUCGUUGCUUUGUUCGUUCGUUUUUUUCGAUCGAUGGAUCGAUCGUUCAUCUGUUUCUUAUAAAUUUGCAGAAUGUAGUCUUUAUUUUUUUUAAAAAAUGCGGGUGCAUCAAGCCACGCUUUUCAGUCACGUUUUCUGCGACGUUUUCAAACUUAACACCUUGCAAAAUUGAAAAUGUUCUACAGUCCCACAAAGAUCAGAUCUUACCGAACGGGUUGAUCAAAGAAAUGAAAGCACAUGAACAAAAGGAACAUUUUUUGUAUGUUUAUUGAAUCUAAAAUAUUCCGUGUCGGUCGGGCUGAUCGCGUUGGCGACGUGUUGAAAGUACAAAAUUUAAUUAUGCGUACUUUCGAUUCGGAUAUAAAUAGAAAUAAAAUUUACAAAGGAAAAUCAACCUACCUUGUUCUGUGCCUUCUUUGGGCCUUUUAUUCCACGCGUUGAAGAGUGUCUGUUGUUUUGCCAGUCGCUUCAUUUCGGUUCUCAUUUGUUGCAAUUACGUUUCUGUUCUCAUGAAAAAAUUUUUCCGUGCUGCUGUCACGGGUCGGUGCACACGUGAAAAAUGCCGCGAUUACAAGCGGCAAGACGUUGUAUCAAACUUCACCUAUUUUCAAUUUUCAUGCCAAAACUUUGAUUUUAAUUACAGUUUUAUUUCAACUUGGAAACGGUAAUGCAUUUGUUUUUAUCACCGCGCUUGAAGUGAAAAGUUUACACAGUGAAUUUUUCCAUCUUCCAAAAUAAAUAUUUUUUUAUUUGGAUCUGAGUAGCCGGCGCGCCAAGGACGACUAGACGGCGAUUUUCGCCGGUCGCCGGGGCUUACGGAGAUCUCUGUAGUUUGGUUUAUAACAACUCCCAAGUACUUAAACAAGUCAAUAGCAAUAGUCAAACAAGUCAAUAUCAAUAGUCCUUUCAAUAGCAGUGAAAUUUAUUUUUAGAGAAACGUCGAUCUAGCAGAGUAACUCCUUUUGAGAGAGCUCCCUCUUUCAUGCCGACCCCACCAGACCAUUGGCCCAACAAUAGCCGGUUUCCUCUUGUCGUGUACUCAAAUACAAUUAACACUUUAAUAUUCCGUAAGGAAGGUGCAUAUGCUUUGGUCUGUGGGCUGUAGGUAUCCUCCUCCUCAAAAUGAAGUAUUUUUAAAACAGAUUUUUGUUUUCAAAAAAUUUUUGUGUGGAUGGGAAAAGCACAGAAGUUCACAACAGCAGAGUGGACAUGCCUUCCCGGUCCCCCUUUUAGUUCGACUAUUCUUCAUUGUUUUUUGUCUGGAGGAUUUGAUCUUGCCCUCGUGGACAUCAUAAGAUCACACUGCUAUAUAUUCACAGUUGAAUUUUUUAAUAUUAUGGCGGACUCUUUCCACUUGCAAUGGCGAUUUUUCUUUGUCCCUUAGUCGCUUAGCACAGAAGAGCAUGUAGAGGCGUCAGGCCUAUUCAUUCACCUAACUUCUAGGACCAUUCUUCAUUGUUUAAACUGGAGGAGCUCGUCUCGCCCUCGUGGAUCUUAUAAGUUCACAUUGCUACAAAUUCUUGUCACUUACCAAGAUCAUACUUCCAAAUGUUAUGGCGGCCUCUGUCUACAGACAAAGGAAACAUCCCUUUCUUGUGCAGUUACUUUUCGAGCUUUUAAGCCCGAAAAGUGGUUUUCUUAA